AUGAAGGGAGGUUUCAUAAAAUAUCAAAUUUUGAAAGCACUUCAGUCAAGAUACUUAAUCACUGCCCCCAAUAUUAUUCAUGUUGGGGUGCCAGAGACCAUCACCAUUCAAUUGGAUGGAAUAGAAAAGUCUGUCAAAAUCAACGUUUAUUUAUUGGACACUUUGACAUACACACGUUGUUCAGAAGAAGUUGACUUUGAACUAAAUGCUGGGAACAACUACCAGGGAAUUAAAACUGUGACUGCUCUUCCUCAUCCCAUCAAGAAGGCUAACAUUUGGUCACGUCGAACCAAAUAUGUUUCUCUUGUUGCUGAAUGUCCAGAGCUGUUUACAAAAAGGAGAAUGGUUCCAAUCCUGCUGUCAUCAAAAAAAGGUUACAUAUUCAUUCAGACGGACAAACCAAUAUAUACACCCAAUGAAAAUGUUCAGUUCAGGAUCUUUACCCUUGACAAUUACAUGCGACCAGUAGAUGAGACAAUCAGAAUAACUACAUACAACUCCAGAGGUAUGCAGUUUCCCAGCUGUUUAUUGAAGUCAAAAUACGGAUUGUCCCGGAAGCUAAAGAUUCCAGAUAUCGCAAAGCCUGGCAACUGGCGCAUUGAGGUGCAGUUUGCGGAUUCACCGAUGUCCAUGGUGUCUGCACAAUUUGAGGUCAAGGAAUUCGUUCUCCCCAGUUUCAAUGUCGUGGUGAAGUUGGAACAUAUGUUUUAUCUGAUAACAAACGAUGAAUUCAAAUUUGAAAUCUCGGCACGACAUACAUAUGGCAAGGCGGUGGAAGGAAUGGCUUAUGUGAGAUUCGGAAUUAUUGACAACAUGAAGAAUCACACCUAUAUUCGGGGCCUAGAACAGCAAUUGCAGAUCAAGCGUGGAUCAGCAGCAUCUUCACUGACAACUGCAGAUCUGGAAAGAAAACUCAAAACAUUCGGGAAAAUGAAUGACUUUGUGGGGUACCAUCUCCAUAUGGCAGUUACAGUUUUAGAAACAGCCAGUGGGGAAAUGGAAGAGACCGAACUCAAAAACAUCAAGAUUGUUUCCUCACCAUACGUAAUUGAUUUAUCAAGAACAAGCAACUACUUUAUACCACGGUUUCCAUUCUAUGUGCUGGCCAAGGUUACAUAUCCUGAUGGAUCUCCUGCCUCGGGUGUCCCUGUGAAACUGGAAGGAGAAACAUCAAGUACUACAAUGGAAAACGGCCAGAUCGAGUUUAUCAAACAAAGCCUAAGUGACAAUGCAGAUUCUUUUAACAUUAAGGUAAUAGCUGGGCUUGGAACAGAAGCCGUUGAAGCAAACAAAACUGUGAGCAUUUACCGAUCCACUAGCAAGAGAUAUCUCUAUGUCAGUGUGCCACAAGAUGUAAUAGAUCUGAGUCGCUCAAUUUCUGCAGAAGUAAGAACGGACAGUCUUCAUGGUGGUCACGAUGGCGAAUAUUACCACUACAUGAUCAUCAGCAAAGGCAAAGUUCUUAAGCUGGAUAGGAUUCAGAAAGCGGAUUUCGUAAAACUCCCAAUUGAUCUGAGUACCACCAUGGUUCCUGCAUUCCGGCUGGUCUUCUACUAUUAUGCCAAUAUCAAGGGCAGUCCAGAGAUAGUGGCCAAUUCUGCCUGGAUCGAUGUGAAGGAUGUCUGUGAAGGCAAGAUUACAAUAAAAGAUAUGCACAAACAAUACAGUCCAGGAUCAAAGGUCACACUGCACCUUAACACUGAAGACAGAGGAGAACUUUCCCUGGGCAUCGUGGAUAAAGCAGUCUAUAUUCUCAACAGCAAGAAUAAACUCAAACCUGCCAAAGUCUUUGAAGAGAUGAAUUCUUAUGACCUUGGAUGCACUUUUGGAGGUGGUGCUGAUAGUGUUGGUGUUUUCAUGGAUGCCGGGUUGACAUUUAUUUCCAAUGCUGGAACAUCGGUAAUUCGGAAUGGGUAUUCCUGCAAAAAAGAUAACGAAAGGAAGAAAAGAUCGUUGGACAUUCAACAACAGUACAUGGGAAAAUUAAGCCACUACACCGACAACCUAAGGAAAUGCUGCACGGAUGGAUUAACCAUACUUCCAAUGAAACGUAGCUGUGAAGAUCGGGCAUUGCGUAUCAAGGACGAUGAAUGCCGAAAGGUUUUCCUCACUUGCUGUGACUUUGGCAUGGAAGCGAGGAUGAACCAAUCGCAGAAGCUCGAUACAAUCGGAAGACAGUCGGGAGAUGAUGAGGAUGACGUCUUUGAUGAGUACGAAAUGCAGAUUCGCAGCUAUUUUCCAAAGAGCUGGCACUGGAAAACAUAUAAUAAUAGACCUGCAGGAGAGAACCAGUUUACUGUUUUCCUCCCUGAUUCAAUCACAACGUGGGAAGUUCAGGCAGUUGGCAUGUUUAACAAUAAAGGUUUUUGUGUUGCGGAGCCAAAGACAAUAAAGGCUUUCAAAUCUAUCUUCAUAUCUUUGAGGCUACCGUAUUCAGUCAAAAGAAAUGAGCAACUGGAAGUGAGAGCGGUAUUGUACAAUUACCACGAUGAAAAUAUUAAGGUGAAGGUAUAUAUGAAGCCCGUGGAUAACCUUUGCAGUCCUGCCACAGGCAGGAAUCAUGAAAGAACUGUGACAGUUCAAGCAAACUCAGCCGUUCCCGUAUAUUUCUCUGUGGUUCCUCUAACCAUUGGCGAUAUACCCAUCACAGUAAUCGUGUACAGCAUGGGUGAUAUUCAAAUAAGUGAUGCUGUUAUGAAGAAACUGAAAGUGCUGGGGGAGGGUGUCUUGAAGACAGAAGAACAAAGUAUUCCCAUUGAUCCACGUGUGAAGAGUUCGUAUCAAGUGUAUGAACCGAAACCUUCCAACAUGGUUCCAAACACCAAGUCCUACCUGUACAUCCGUGCAAGAGGUCACGCGAUGGGAGAAAUUGUGGAAAACAGCCUGUCGCCUGAGGGGAUCGAGAAGCUCAUUCGAUUACCGACAGGGUGCACUGAGCAAACGACAACUGCAUUGGCCCCAACAGUCUUUGCUGCCAAUUACCUCGACAAAAGUGACCAAUGGUUGCAUCUAAAGGCAGAGCUGAAGGACGAAGCACUCAGUCACAUUAGAGCAGGGUACAAAAGGAUACUGGAACAUAAAAAUGCUAAUGGAGCUUAUGGAAAAUUCAGCGACUACCCUGGCAGCACAUGGUUAACCGCAUUUAUUGUUAAGAUACUGUCAAUAGCUAAUACUCAGGUCCAGGUUGACGAUGACCAAGUUCAACAAUCCGUCUUGUAUUUGCUGGAGCAUCAGACUGCAGCCGGAGAGUUUUACGAUCCCUAUCCCAUGUUUCCAAAUUUACAGAAUGCAAGCAUUUCAAAAGCAAUUAGCUACCUUUCUAAGGAGCUUGACAAUAUCCAGCGCCCGUACUCAUUAAUGAUCACCGCCUACGCGCUUGCAUUGUAUGACCCUGAAAGCUCAGCUGCUCGUCUGGCUGAUGAAAAAUUGAAAGAGAUGGCCAUUUACAUUCAAGAGGACGAUGUCCGCUUUUGGGAUGAUGAUGGAACCUCGCGCGGUGGAGGAGCCGGAGGAGGGCAAGCUUCAGCUGCGAACGUGGAGACCACCGCUUACGCCUUGCUUCAGACGCUGGCUAUGAAAGAUCUCCAGUACGCCAAGCCUAUCGUCAAAUGGCUAACAGAGCAACGGAGCUAUGGUGGAGGAUACCGUUCAACUCAGGAUACAGUGGUCGCCCUGGAAGCUCUAUCCGAGUACAGUAUCGUUACCUUUCAGCCAGAGCCGUUGAACCUGCAUUUCACAUUCAGCCAUCCAAUUCAGAUGACGAAACAAGUUGUCAACAUACAGCAGGACAACGCGUUGCUACAGGACGAGUUAAAGUUUCUGAAAUCCUACCUGCUGAUCUCGGAGCCCAAGAAUACAUGUGAUUAUUUCAGGCUUGAGGUUACAGUGAAAGGGAAGGUGGAAUACGAAGCUCCAGAUUACAACUAUGAAGACUAUGAAGAACUUGUCCCAGCCGAUCAACCCCUGAGCGAAAUUGACUGGUUUGAUCUUCGAUCCCGGGCAAGAAGACAGGUCCUAGAUCCUGAGAAAGACGCAACAAUAUAUUAUGAAGUGUGUGCAUGGCAUGAGCCAGACGGCAACAAGACCCGAAAAGCCUCUGGAAUGGCCAUCGUGGACAUCUCGCUGCUCAGUGGAUUCGAGCCCGAAACCGCCGAUUUGAAUAAGUUAAAAAACUUAGCCGAUAGAUACAUCGAUAAAUACGAGUUCAAGAAUGGGAGAGUGCUGCUCUAUCUUGAUAAGGUUACUGACCAGAGAGAAUGUGUCGUAUUUGCCGCCAAACAAACCAUCCCCAUUGGAUUAAUACAGCCAGCAAGCGCGACACUCUACGACUAUUACAAUCCAAGUUUAAAAUGCAAUAUAUUUUAUAACGCUCCAGAAAGAAGCACCAUUGUAUCGAAGUUCUGUCAACAUGAUGUGUGCGAGUGUGCUGAAGGUCGUUGCCCACGCAUGAAGAAAACAUUUUCUCCACAAUUGGAAGACGAUGCCCGGAUGCAAUUCGCUUGUUACAAACCCAUUGUAGACUACGCAUUUGUUGUCAACCUGUUGGGAAUCGAUACAGUCGGGAGUUUCCAAGUUUACAAAGUUUCCAUCACAAAGAGGAUUAAACUCGCCAGCGACGAGGGCAUUCAGGUGGACGACGUCCGGCACUUCCUCAAACAGAUGGCCUGCCCCAUGAACCUGGUGCCUCACAGGUCCUACCUCCUCAUGGGAAAGGACGGCAAGACCAAAGAUGAAAACCACAACACCCAGUACAUCCUGGAUUCAGAGUCUUGGGUUGAAGAGAUACCACCGCAAGUAAAAUGCGACAGCACGAAUUUCAGAAGUACCUGUGAGAAAUUGUCUCGAUUCAUGGAUGAUCUUCAAAAAGACGGAUGCCAGUUGUAA